GCACCACUAAUGGCGCGCUAGUGCUCCCGCGCACUUAGACAUUAAAGUCAUAGUUUUUAUAUGUUACUCCAGCAAACAAUAAGUACACUUGUAUACAACGUAAUAUAUAUUGACAGCUAGCGAAACAGUUUUAUAAAGUUCUGUCCACAAAAACGAAACAAAAAAAUAGAUGUACGGCGGCAUGACCGAAUGCACGUAGGCGCACGUGUGCCAGUCUUGUGGGUGUGAAUGCACUUUGAGCGCGUGCGUAUCUGUUGCCCAUGCUGUUGCCCAUGUGUUAGUCACGAGGUACUGGUUUGUUUUGUUUUACCUGUGGGCAUGCGCUCGUGCAAGGCGGACUUUAACUGUAUCAACGCAACGCUAGUUAAAGAGUGCAUCAGAGUUGUCAUUGAAGUGACUUUUUCGGGUCACUAAUUCAUCUGUCACCGAACGACCUUUAAAUCCCGAAAGCUCACGAAAUGGCAACAGUCGUCGUUCUCGGCGGUGGAAUCAGUGGCCUCACCACGGCAUACUACCUUUCCACUCUUGGGAAGGAAGCCGUGAAAAAAAUCUUGCUCAUAGAAAGGACUGGGCGCCUGGGUGGUUGGAUUCGGUCCACUGCACUACCUGAUGGGACAGUAUAUGAACAUGGGCCUAGUUCAUUGCGUGCUGGAGGUAACUCAGGACGAAACGCCUUACAGUUGGCUCAGGACCUGGGAUUGUCUGAGCAUGUGCUGGCAGUGCCUAUCUCCUCAUCAGCAGGGCAAGAGCGAUUGGUGCUGAACAAGGGCCGCCUGUCCCCACUGCCUAGCACCUUCAAGGAGAUGCUGUGGCCUGGUCAAAUGUUCCGCAUGCCCCUGCUGCUGCCUCUUCUGAAGGACCUAUUCUUUGCCGGCCGCCCUAGUAUAGGCAGCGACCAGAGUGUUCAUGAUUUCAUGCAGAAGCGCUUCAACAAAGAAGUUGCCGACUACAUUAUGGAUCCUGUGACACGCAGCCUCUGUGCUGGCUGCUCGAAGGAGAUCAGCUUCAGAUCACUGCUGCCUAAUGUGUUUGAGGGUGCCAUAAUGCAUGGCUCGUUGGUCAAGGCUCAGAUAAAGCAGACCAAUGAGGCCCAGCAUACUGUCAACAUGCUGAAAAUGGAGGAAGGUGGUGCUGACAGCUUGGCUGCCCGCUCGAUCGGAUGGUCCGUGUGGAGUCUACGCCGUGGCCUGCAGCAGCUGUGUGACACUCUCGCAGAAAAGCUGGAUGCAGCACCCAACGUCCAUGUGUAUGUCAAUGAAGCCAAUGUGUCAUUGAAACCAAGUUCUGAGGGCCGAGUCUUGGUGUCAUUUGCAGAGUUAGCAAUGCCUGUGGAUCACAUCUUCAGCUGCAUUCCAGCACGAAAGCUGUCCCAACUACUAAUCCAUGAUUGGCCAGAACUUGCUCAGUCUCUUCUGUCUAUACCGUCUGUCCACAUAGCAACUGUCAACUUGGAGUUCAAGGGUCAGUUGCUUUCCCAUAAGUUCUCAGGGAUCAUGGUUCCUUCCUUUGAAGUUCCUCACUUGCUCAACAUCACCUUUGACUCCUGCUGCUUUCCUGAGCACGAUGGCCAGUAUGACACGAAGACCCGCAUCACGGUUCUGAUGGGGGGCCGCUGGUUUAAGCAAGCUUUUGGAGAAGUGGACAGUGCUGACCCAGAUGUCAUAUUGGAAGCUGCUAAGGAUGCUGUCAGGACGUAUCUUCACAUUGAUGAGCCACCUGUCAGGCACCAUGUGAACGUGCUCAAGGAAUGUGUUCCACAGUACCUGGUCGGCCAUCUCGAACGUAUGUCGAAGAUUUGCGAGUCUAUCACCAAUCUCAAGCUGCCUUUGACCCUACUCGGAUCAUCCUAUCGAGGACCAUCCGCCAACGAGUGCAUCUACCAUGCAAAGCAAGGUGUUCAGGAGUAUCUAGAAACUCUACGUGUGUAGUUGACGUUCGUGUCACAUUCUAGUAUGUUGACUGCAACCACUGCAGCAGUGUGUUGUCUACUGCACUUUUUGGCAGGAAGCUGAAAUAUUAGUAUCAUCUAUGAUGUGUUUUAUAGAGUACUAUACAAAUGCUAUACGGCAGGGGUUGCAAAUAUUUUUGACAUGGUGGAAGCUAAUAAUAAUAGGUUUUCAAUCCAGUGGGCAGCCCUGCAUUCUUCUUCCAUGUCUGGCCUCUCACACCUACCUCCUUAACGUGCACAAGAGUACAAGUGCACGAUGACUGGGUAACUUAAACUGGCUAGUGGCAGAGGUCACGGGGCUAACAUAAUUGUGAAUAGUCACUUUGGUGAAUAGGUCAAUCUCGCUGUUUGAUUUUCCAGCUGUGCAAUUGGAGCCGCAAAGCAAGCUGCUGAACCAAUUAUAGUGGUGCAUUGGAGCAGGACAACAAAAGGUCUCAGUGCUUUCAUAUACUGAGGAACUUGCUAUUUCAAUGAGAGUGGCACCCAACUUGCUUGCUGCUUGCAAAGGUUUCAUACUUUUCACCACUGUUCAAAUACAAGGCAAAAAUUGUUACACGAUUGGUAUAAUUCUUGUUUUAAAAAAAAAACAGUAUGUUUGGUCUGCAAUUUAGAGAUAGGUUUUGAGGCCUCUGCUGUGGUGAUUGAAAUGUUGUGAACAAGCUACUGCAGUUGUCAUCAGAGCAAAGGCUGUAUAGCUCUUGUAAAAUAUGUCAACACGUGGGGCACACAGCUCUGUAAUUUCAUCCGUAUGCGUCGGCGUCAAAAAUGGGGCUAGACGGGCCAGUUCAGGCAUUGCGCAGAUGCUUGUGCCUUUACAAGGGGGUUUUGCUCCACCUUCACUAGUCACAUAAUGCAUCGCCAUACGCUUUCUAUCGGUUCACAGUGAAGUGAAAGCAACAAUUUCAAUGACUGUGUGGCUGCGUGGCCAACUUGGAGGAAUCUAUUCACAGAGCAAUCGCGAAGAUCAUUAGGUGACUGUAGUAGUUGUAGAGUGACAGAAAUUUCAUUGUCAUGUGGUGAAAAUUUCAGCUUGUGAAAUAGCCUUUAGGGCGCCUGCUUGUUUAUUUUCAUACUCUAAUAUCACUUGAAGGGUUGAGGCAAAAGAAUGCAGUAGAUAUGCUGCUCACUGAAAGGUCACUGGGAAGGCUGAUUAAGCUGGCAUUGUAGCCAUGGGGGAAGGGUUUUGGAAGAGAGUGGGAGCUCAAGCUGCUUAAGGUGCCUGCUGAAAUCCGUUUUGGGAAGCCCUGCUUUAAAUAAUACUCCCUUUUAGGCUAACAAGCCUAAUUAACAGGCCAAAUAUAUUUCCAAUGUCCCUUCAAGUUAGUCCUAAAGAAAAUAUACUGUACACAUCCAAAUAAUGAACAUGGAUAUGACGAAGUAAAUCUAAAAUGUUUCUCACAAUUAUCUCCAUGCAACUAUUAUAUGCUUAUAGCGAAUAUUGAAUAUAACAACAGUAUUUUUGUGUCAUAUGCAACUUCAUUAUAAUGAUGUUUCAGUUAUUGUUAUUGCUUUGGAUGUGAUGAACCAAUGUUCAGCUGAAUUUUUCUUUGGACGAAGAUAUUUCCUGUGUAUCUUCAAGCAAGUCUCAGAGGGAGUUUACUGUACCAUAUUGUAAUGCUUUUGAGAAAAGUAUUUGUGGCACACCAGGGUAAUGGUUUUGUGGUGGGCAUAAGUGCAGUUUUCUUUUUUUUUAAAGAGUGCUUCAGAAAGCUGGAAAUAUGCUUGCCAUGAAAUAUCAGAAAGGCUGUCGAAAAGGCAGCUUGAAUAAUGAAUAUUUUAGUUACAAAAUCCAGGGGCCAUUGUGUUGGUCUGGUAAUGUGAAAGGUUUCUUACUGUACUGCACAACAUGUGGUGUUUGCAGUCAUUCAUAUAGCAGAAGAGAUUUAUCUACAUGCGUGUUGUAACACAAGUGUGCAAAAUGAACACUGCUAAUUGCAAAAGAUUUAAAGGUACACUUCGAGAGCAGAUUUUUCUUACUUUUCAACAUUGUGGUGAAACUUGUGUGAAACUAAAAUGUUUUGUGCCACAGAAACAACAUACUAGGCCAAGAACUUAUGCCUGGUUGGUCAGUUUAGUGUGAUAAAUGCAGGCCAUGCUUCUUUGUGAGUACACCUGGCUGAUCUUAGCUAUACUGUUGACGUAAAGUGAAAUGAAAACACAGGGAAUGUGGGAGAUGGAAAUUCAAGACAACGAGCAAAACGAGAACAAGGUAAAAGUGGGAGCCAAUGUUUUGACAAGUGGACUUGUCUUUUUCAAGGUGACAUAUGCUUAUGCUUCCAGGCGACAUGUGCUCAAGACGACGUAAGCAUAUGUCGCCUUGAAAAAGACAAGACCACUGAUGAUUAUUGUGGUGUAUGAAUGACUGUGAAUCAGGCUUGAACAAUGAUUUCUCAGGUUACAUCAUGUGUUAUAACAGCUAUGUUGUAUUUCUACAGUGCAUGCUCAAGAAGGCUUCUUUAGGAGCUUUUGUUUAGCUAUUCUUGUUCAUAUUUCAGUUUGUGUUGAUGCUGUUAGCCAAGAUGAGGGUUGUUGUGGUAGUUUCUAUGUUGCGUUUGUAAGAGUUGUUCUUAGGAUAUUUUUCCAUGAAGCAAUUUCUCUUACACUUAGUGAAAACAGCUUUUGCUGACUUAUAUGCAGUUGCAGUUGAAGCAAAAUUGAGUAAUGUGGUUGAAGUAAGAGGAUUGUGAACAGUCAUGCCAUAUUAUACGUACUGGACAUUUGUGUAUGUGUGUGUCUUGUUUGGACAGGUCUAAGUUUUUUAGUGCAUUUUCUGUCCCUCAUUGAGUAUGCAUACUAGGGGACCUGGCACCCAUUUGUCUUCCGAUGCACAUAAGAGUUGAGUGUCAUGUUAUCUUCAGCAUGCACAAUGUAGACAUAGUGAUGCCUUCAGCUGAGAUACAUACCAGUGACCUGGCUAAAAUACCAAUAUUGAUUUUGUAUUGGAUUUGUCUUUUAUACUCUGGUCAUUAAGUGCCAUAAUGUAUGAUAUUUAGUAGUGCUUUGCCGCACAGCUGUUGACAGGGAAGUUUGAUUGUGUGGCCAGUAGUAUAAGGCUGCAUUAUGCUGUGAUUAAUUCAAGUGCUGUGAAAUCUCACUGAAGAGCAUUUACUACUUCAUUUAGGAGCCUAAAUGCAACAGUAAAUGUAGCUUUUAGCAUACAGGCAAACCCAGUUUUAUUAGAAAAUGCGCCAGUGUUUGUUCUGCCCAUACUGUGUGUAUUGAAUACUGUUAACACAUUCUGUAGCUUUGCAGGUGUCUGCUAUUCAGUGUUCUUAAUAUUUCUUCAUUGGCAACCAUAUUGACCAUAUCUCUAAUGAAUUUUUAGUGUGGCAUCGUGUGGCAUGAUACCAUGAUAACCAUGCUCUAAACACUACCAAAUGUUUUCUAUGUGGUUACUUAUUAUAGUGGCUGCCCUGCAGUGUGCAUCUUGCAUGUAGUAAGAGCAUGACGAUCCUGCAGCAUGAUAUGAAUUUCAUGAUUCUGUUUGAUGACAGUCAAAAUAUCUCGUAAGUAUGUUCUGUGUAGUUGCUACAUGAUAGUACUAGAAACACUGUAUUAGAUUGUAGGUUGCAAAUUCACGUACUGUGAACCACAUGUAUCUUUGUGGUUCUCAUGUGCAGAUUUUAUAGCCCUCUUAGGCUAGCAUUCUCUCCUACCCUUCCAUCUAAGUUGCCGAGGGUUUAGGCAGCUCUCUUUUGUGUGAACUCUCCCCUGCCUUGGCCCCUCUUCGUAUGUACUAUGCUCUGUGCUCUGCGAAUUUAACCUCCUGACUGUACUUAAGAAACAUGCAAAUGCUCUCAUCAAAAGAAUGAGACAUGUAUGUUUGAAGUACAACUGACUUAAGGGAUCGAAAAGAUAAUCACAACAGGCUGGAUAAUUAUUAUAAUGUGCCUGGACGUGUAGCAUCAAUAGUACACAAUAGGAAGUGCACUUACAGAAAUGCAGGGAGUGUUUCCCUUCAGUUGCUCUUAAGUGCCAUCUUGUAGAAUCUGUGUAGUACUUCUGGAAAGCUGGUUUUGAGAAUUGAUUAAUUUAGCAUUCGUAACAUGUUAUAGUGCACUAAUGGAGACAGAAUCAAUAAUUUUGCUAGCACCAUGCUUCGGGUUUUGCUUACUGUUACUGAAUAAGACGCAAAAUAAAUUAGCAAGAAAAAGAAAAGCACUUGCAAAAAAGACUAUUGAUGCUUGGUGCAGUAUUGCAUGUACAUCUUUACCUGUAAUAAUGUGUCAUGCAAGCUUAUUUCAUUUGUGUAAUGUUGAGUGCAAAGUGGCACCUAACUUUAUUAUACUAUCUUGUGUGUGCCAAUUAUUUUUUAUGCCUUACACAGUAAAUGGUCUCGCUGCAUGCACAUGUGUGGCUUUGAUUGUGCCACAUAUGCAUAUGCAAAGUGCUUUAUUUACUAGUUGUAAACAAAGCAAGAGCAAGUUGAUCAGAGAAUACUUAUACAAAACUUAAGCUUUAUACACAAAGCCAUAUGCAUAGAAUGCACACAGAUAUAAUGAGCUAUUAGGUGUAAUGAAAUAAGUCUAAAAUGUUUCUCUUCAUUAUUAGUGUGUAAUGAAUAUAUACUUGAAACGAAUAUCAUAUGUAACAAAGGUAUUUUUGUGUUGGAUGACAUCUCAUUAUAAUGGUGUACAAGCGCGAAACUUGGUGCUGAUGUCUGCAGGUAUCCCAUUAGUCAGUGCAUAAAUGAUCAGAAAUACACAUUGUACAAUUUGGUAGCGUGACCUUCAAAUGUUCUUGUUACUUAUAACUGUUUUAAGCUUAAAGGGCCCCUCAAACGUUUCAGACAAAUUUUGUAGAUGCGUAGGGUACAGCUUAAGUAGAACAUUCGCACCACAAUAUAAGUGAAGCAUUAUGUAUUAAUGGAGCUACAAGCGAUUACAAGUUACCCUCCUCCCUAGCCAUGCUUUUCCUUCUCAACUCGUUCGCCAAGCGAUCGAGGCUAAGGUCCGCCUUCACUGGUUCUGCGUCAUGAUGUGAUGUCACAUCGUCCACUUCCGGUUGUUUUGGAGCCCGCCCCUGCCCGCGCGAAACCCCUCCGCUAGCUGCUUGGCCGUCGACCCCAAGCGAGAGCUAUCGAAGCAGCGUGCUUUGCGAGCAUUCUGUCGUAGCACUGCAUGUGUCUGGUAUUCCGGUAAUCACCCUCUAGCUGAAGUUUCGACGGAAUGGUGGAGCCAUAAACUCAAGCUCAUGAAGGAACUUCAGCGUAGAUGUACGUGACCUACCUGAUUGGCCUCCCCGGUCCAACCACCCGUUGGCACGGAGCUUAACCAGCCAAAGAAAGAGGUAGUAUUGCUCUAACCAAGUGUAAACACUUUAAACAUAUACAAAAACAAAGUGUUAACGAUUACACUCCUGCAAAAAAUUUACACCAGCAGCAAAGAAGAAUACAUUUUGUUACUGCUACUGUGUGUGGUUGAGCUCUAUGCCACCAGGUGGCUGCACCGUGCAGACCAUUCACAUUUGCACUUCUGUUCAUCCCCUGAAACGACACGCAAGGGGACACAGCCUUGCGUUUACCCUAAUACCGGACUCGCGAAACGCUAUUGCGUUAGUAAUCUUCCCGUGUAAAGCAGCGGCCGCAAUCGCGCAAAUCCCGGCGCUGAUCGGAUAGCGGCAGUCCGAUGCGCUGCAGCCAGUUCGCUCGUCUACUGGCUUGCAGAGGGAUACAAUGUCGCAGCUUGACAUAUUGCCAGUCGCCACGUUUGCAGUCCACAACGCAACAAAGUUGAAUCAUAGCGCUCGCGAAAAGACAGACCGACACUGACGGCGGAGCUCUCGUCGAAGACGGAGCACGUUGUAACACAAGCAGACGACACUUGCUGUGUGCCGGAAGUGCUUAAGUGUACUGAAAAAUUGGUCUUGUGCAUUCUGUUUAUGUUAACUUUUUUUAAAUAAAAACAGAUUAACUAACAUUGCAACUAUUACGAACACCAUUUGUUUACCAUAAAGUUGGAAAAAAUUAUCUAUCACGUGCCCUGGUCAGCCAAUCGGAUAGCCCGCCCCACUGACGUCAUAUGGGUGAUUUCCGUCAUAUGGGUAGGGGCGGCUUAAAAUUCCACCAAGCAGUGUGCUGCGAUCGGCAGUGAAGUGCAUUUUUAAAACCUUAUAAUAAAUUACAUGCUUUACACGGAGCACUUAGAUGUGUCAAUUAAUGACCAGAAGGACCUACUCUAAUGACUCAGUGCAUUUGUAGAAAAUCGUCAAAAUUGUUUCAGGGUCCCUUUAAACAGCUUAAACACCAUUGAGAUCCUUUAUGUUUGCUUUCAACUGCACUUAGCAUACAAUGGCAGCAGAUCCCUUUACAUCACUUCCAAAAAUCUGUGAGUGCUUUCAACUGUUUUAUUACAAUAAGCAAUCAUGAGCUGAAAAAGAGCUUUCAUUGAUCCUUCUGUAGUAUAAGCUGCAUGGGGAUCUGGUACCCUUUGAAAGGGUGCAAAAGGAUCGUGGGGACGCCGUGAAAAGCAAAAGAAUACAAUGCAUGGCAAGAUUCCGACUGGAAAUGUAUGGAUAGGUACUUUUAUAUGCUCAGGUUACAGUCAUAACAUAUGUUGUGUAGCCGUUUGUUAAGAGAAAAGCAAUUAGGCAAUCUUAUUACUAAGGGGUUUGCAACUGGUUCUGUGUUGGUUGAAUUGUUACCAAGGUAGACAAUUGUCCUGAGAGUGUCCCUUGAAAAGUACUUUGCUGUGUUUGAUUAUUACAUGAUAUGUUUUAUGGUCUUUGGUGAGCAUAGGCAAAGAAAACAGUCCAUCUUGAUGCCCUUUAAUAAAAUCUGUGGGUUGUGAAGUGGUGAGAUCCAGUGCUUACGAUCAUUGCCAUGUGGUGGUUGUAGUGUUGUAGUGCUAGGCCAUCUUACAGCAGUGUUUUAAGGAAGCUGGCAUGAGAUGUUAUGAUCUGAGCAGACAAACCAUCAGCAGUCUUUACUUUGUCAUUACUGUUGCGGAAGCUCACGUUUUCUUUUAUGCUGAUGAUAAUGAUCAUCAUCAUCUGCCUAAUUUAUGUCCACUGCAGGACAAAGGACUCUCCCUGCGAUCUCCAGUUACCUCUGUCCUGUACCAACUGAUUCCAACUUGCACCUGCAAAUUUUUCAAUUUCAUCAUGCCACCUAUUCUUCUGUCAUUCUCAACUGCACUUCCCUUCUCUUGACACCCAUUCUGUAACCCUAAUUGUCCACCGGUUAUCCAACCAAUGCAUUACAUGGCCUGCCCAGCUACAAUUUUUUCUCUUAAUGUCAAUUAGAAUAUUGGCUAUCCCCGUUUUUUCUCUGAUCCACACCACUCUCUUCCUGUCUCUUAAAGUUACGCCUAAUAUUCUUUGUUCCAUCACUCUUUGCGUGGUCUUUAACUUGUGUUGCCUCAACUUAACUUGUGUUGUCUUUAACAAGCGUUGCCCUUAUUCUGUUGGAAACUUUCUGAAUGUUUUAUACAGUAUGUACUGAAAGUAGCCUAAUGGGUCUAUAAUUUUUCAAUUCUUUAACAUCUCCCUUUUUGUGGAUUAGUAUAAUGUUGGCAUUCUUCCAGUUCUCUGGGAUAGUUGAAGUCGUGAGACAUUUCAUAUAAAGGGCUGCAAGCUUUUCAAGCAUGAUGCCUCCUCUAUCUUUGAUUACAUCAACUGUUAGUCUGUCUUCUGUUGCUUUUCCGCAUUCCAUGUCUUGCAAAGCCCUUCUAACUUUAUUGCUAGCUAUAAGAGGAGCCUCUGUAACCUGUUCAUUACUACUUCGAACAGGUUACUGAGGCUGAUAGUUAUAUGGUAGUGCUAUUAUUGCUCACACCUGUAAAGGUAUGCAAGCAUGCAGGUCUUCUUUCGUAGGGGUCAUGUUAUGUAGGAUAUACCGUUUGUCUUUAGAAGUAUCGGUAUAACUAAAGUAAUGGUAUUAAUAUCCUUGCAGACAUAAUUAGCGUGUAUAUGACUAUGAGUACAGCAUAACUGCAAAAGGGGUAGUGUAGUGCUUGAGUUAUAAUGUAGAGUGUGAUACAAAUCUUAUUUUUCUGCAGAUUGAACCCUGCUGCAUGUGAAAUGGUUAUGAGACCUUUUAUUUUACUGUAUAGAAGAGGAGAAAAUGCUUGUUUAUAUCAGCUUUUCACUUAGAUUUCAUGUACUGUUGACUGCAAAAGUUUCUGGAACAUAAUAUUUCAAAAGAUAUUUUAAUUUUAUCACAUUUUCACCAUUCAGAGAUGAUUUGUGAUGGUCGCAUACGAAAAUUUGCACUGAAGUUUUCGCUUUUGUGAGGAUAUGUUAUUAGCCAUAAAAUUUAGCUCCUGCACUCAGAAAACUUUUGCGAUUGGGAGUACAUGAAAAAAAAGUGGGAGGAAGGGCUCAAAGAAGGAAAUUUUUCUGUGUUUUCUUGUCAUGGAAACAUCCCAGAAAGCACUAUGUAGUCAUGAAUUAUGUACUCGCAUUUAUUUCACGGGCUCAAAGAAGGAAAUAUUUCUGUGUUUUCUUGUCAUGGAAACAUCCCAGAAAGCACUAUGUAGGCAUGAAAUAUGUACUCGCAUUUAUUUCAUGUUGCAUUUGUUUUUACUGAAACAAAUGUGGUUUUGAUGACUUUACAUAAGGUCGAGUAUUUCUGCACACUGUCAAAAUGCACUGUUUGUCAACAAUGCUCGUCAUAAUUUUUCUUUGCCAUACAUUGGUAUUUUGUGCAUGCCAUUCUUCUGUAUCAUUCUUUUAUAGGUUCUUUUGCCUUUUCUAAUUUUCAGUAUAUGCCUGAAAUAUUCUGCAUAAGCACCAACCAUCCUUGGCCAUAUACAAGCUUUGUGGAGGUGAAUUUGUGGCCUUGCCAAAGCAAGUAAGUUAGAGUGUGCAGCUUUAUGAUUUUGUUGAUGCAAUUAAAGGUGUUUGGCUAUCUGGGCUAUGUUCGCCUACUGUAAGCCAUUUUGAAAUAAAGUUCAUGCAUUACAAUGUGCAUGAAAAGGCAAUUGUAUA